AUGGUGGAUGACGAAGAAUUAAAGCGGCUUCGAUUUGUGCUGAGUAAAAAAGUAGGGAAAAUAAAAUAUUUUUUUUCGUACACAUUUUACAAAUUGUUCAGUCAUUUUUAUAAUAAGAAGAAUAAAAAACGAGAACGGUAUGUUAAUAUACAUGGAAGAACAAGUCCGAAUUUUUUUUGUGAUAAUAAGAUAAGAAGUACGAAAUACACAGUCAUAACAUUUAUCCCAUUAUUUUUAUUUUAUCAAUUCGCGGACUUUUUAAAUUUAUUUUAUUUGUGUGUUUCUCUUCUACAAGUUAUUCCCAUAUUCAACACUGGAUAUGUAUUUACUUUUGUAGCCCCUUUGAUUUUCAUCAUUUUUAUAAGUUUAAUAAAUGAAGUAGUAGAUGAUUUUAAGAGGUUUAUAAAAGAUUUAGAAAAUAACAAUGAAAUUUAUUACAGCCUUUUGGAGAAUGGGAAUUUUGAAAGAAUAUAUUCAAAAGAUAUAAAAGUAGGGGAUAUAAUUUUGAUUAAAUCCAAACAAAGAGCCCCUGCUGAUUGUAUUUUGUUACGUAAUUUAAGUAAAAAUGAAGAAUAUACAUUUAAGGUUGAGGAGAAGAGAUUUUUUGGAAACAUGAAAUUGAAUAAAAAUUCCAAUGUGUACAGCAAAAUAAAUCAAAGUUAUUACCAUUUUGAUAAAAACAUUGACAAUGAAUUGAUUGAAGAUCGAUAUAACGAAUCAAACAACAAUUUGAGUGAAACAAGCAAUAAUCUACUCUUUAGUGAAAAUGAAAAAUCUCUAAAUGCUGUGAAGGAUGGAAAAUGUCUCUUAAAGGAUAAAUCAGAAAAAAGUGAUCAUAAAAAUGAUAUGAACAAUAAUUCAGGAGAAUUGAAUGAUUUGGAAAUGAAUAAAAAAAAAAUGAAAAAGAAGAAAAAAAAGAAGAAGAAAAAAAAAAAAAAAAAAUUAGCACUAAGUAAAAAAAGUGAAGGAAACAAAGAUACAAGUGCAUCCAACGAAACUGCAAAUUAUACAUAUGUAAAGACGGACAAAAUUGAUGGAGAAACCGAUUGGAAAAUUAAAUAUCCAAUCAGUAUAUUCCAAAAUUUAAAAAAAUUGAAAGAUUUCUUUACUAUUGAUAUUCUAUUCAUCUUAGAGCAACCAAAAAAUGACAUUUACAAAAUUGAAGGAUCAUUUGUUAUAUUCAAGUAUAAUCCAUAUGGAGAUUUUCAGAAGGAUGAAAAUACUAAUAAUCUUGGAUUGAACGACAAUCAAUUAAUGAAUUAUUCAUUUGAUAUGAUAAGGGAUGGGAAAAUGGACUUGGAAUCAGAUGGGCGCUCUACCUUGCCCAAGGCAUACGCAACUGAGGCAGAUGAUGAUGAAGAAGAAGAUGAUGAUGAUGAAGAUGAUGAUGAUGAUGAAGAUGAUGAUGAAGAAGAAGAUGAUGAUGAUGAUGAUGAUGAUGAUGAAGAAGAAGAAGAAGACGAUAAUGAUGAAAAAGAUCAAGAUGAACAUCGAAACGAUCGCGAACUGAACAAUAUGGAAAACGAAGGAGGAAAAAAAUUACAUAAAAAGGGAUAUCUCAAUUGGGGAGAAAAAAACAUGUCGUACGCAUGCAAUAACAAAAAAAGAGGGGAACAAAUGAAUAAAGAAAUGGUGAAGUUUAUCGAUGUGGAAAAAGGAGGGACAACAGUAGUAGUACGAGGAGGAGUAGGAAAUAGUGAUGCAGAAAGAAACAGCGGAAUUGUUGAAAAGUAUAACGGUCCAAAAGAUAGAAUAAAUAAAAGUGGAAAUUAUGUAAAUGAAACGAGAAUGUGUAAUGUAUUUAAUAAUGAAGACAAUUUCAAUUUUUACAAUGUAAGCUAUCGAAAAAAGCUAAGUUAUGAUAACUUCAUUUUAUUCAAUUCUGUAAUUACAAGUUCAGAUGUUAUCUGUCUUGUGAUAUAUACAGGAAGUGACACAAGAGUAAAUAUGAGUACUCAGAUUAGUAAAAUAAAAAGAGGAAUGAUAGAUAAGAAAUUGAAUUUAAUCACAUUGUUUUUAUUUAUCAUAUUGACAUUAUUUUCCAUGUAUAUGUGUUCAGUUAAAUUGAAUAAUUUAUGGUAUCUCAAUUUCAUCCGUUUUGUUUUACUAUUUUCUUCUGUAAUUCCGAUAUCAUUAAGUGUGAAUUUAAAUAUUGCAAAAAUUUAUUACACAUUAGUUAUUCAAAAGGACAAAGAAAUAGAAACGACAAUUAUAAAAAAUAGCUCAAUUAUAGAAAAUUUUGGAGACAUAGAUUAUAUUUUUACAGAUAAAACAGGUACAUUAACAGAAAAUGUAAUGGUUCUAAAAGUUAUACAUAUUGGUUUGGAUGUAAUUCAUGCUGAAAAUGAAAAAAAUAUGUUACAAGGUAAUAUAGAAAAUAAAGCCAAAGGAAAUUUCAAUAAGCAUAUGCUAUCAUAUGAUUUAGAUGAUUUAAAUGAAGAUGUCGAUGCUUCAUCUUUAUAUUUGGCCUCGAAUUAUAACACAAAAAAUGAUAGAAGAAAUAAACAAAGUACUUAUAACAAAAAUGGUCGACCUAUUUCGUUUAAUCACGACAUGGAAAACAGUAGAAAUAAAAAUGACCUAUCCAAUUUGAGACAUUUGAGUAAAGUAGCCAAUCCAGUAGAUCGCAUGAACAUGCUAAAUGAUGAAGAGAAUAUUGAUGAAGAAAAUUUCGAUUAUGAAAAUUUUGAUUAUGGAAAUUUUAAUGAACAAUCUACAGCCACAAAAUCUGCAUUUUCACAAAAUGGCUAUAGAAAUAUGAAUAUAAAAAAUUUUAAACAAAAUAGCUUAACUCUAAACCCAAAUGUAGCAACUGGAAUAGGAGUAGGAGAAGGUGGUGCUGCUGGUGCUGGUGCUUCUGGUAUCCUAUGGCAUAGAAGAAAUGAUAUACUUAAAAAAAAUUCUGCACAUUUAGAAAAAAAGAAAAAGGUUGAAAAAAUGGUUGAUGAGUUUUUGAAGUAUAAGUCUGAUGUGUUAGAUUAUUACAAUGAUAAUGUAGAGGAUGUGGAAUAUUUGAAAAAACAUCGAGUAUUCCAAACCUUUUUGUCUUUUCUUAUUUGUAACAAUAUUAGAACCUUAGCUAAAGAAAGUAACAAUAACAGCACUAAAGAAAAGGAUAAAGCAAAGAAAAAAAAAGAGCACAAAGAAAAAGAUUUUCAGAAAAACUUUUAUUACAUAUUAAAUGUUAAUCGAAAAAGUAAAAAUGAAAAGAAAACCAAUAAGAAGGAGAAACAUAUAGAUAGUACUAGUAUGAGUUUUUCAUAUGAUAAAAAAAACCUUGAAUCAAACAGUUCUGAAGAUUCUGAAACAUUUUCUCAUUCAGAUGUAAGUUAUCAAUGUUCUUCACCUGAUGAAUUAGCCUUUCUAAAAUAUGCAACCAAUUGUGGUUUCAUUUUGAAAAAGAAAACAGCAAGCAAAAUAGAAAUAAAAUAUAAAAAUCUCGUACUAGAGUAUGAUAUUUUGUUGCAUAUCCCAUUUUCAUCUGAGACUAAACGAAUGAGUAUAUUCGUUCGAAAUGUAAAGAAUCGAAAUAUAUACUUCUUUAUAAAAGGUGCAGAUAAUAUUUUAAUAAAAAAAUGCCAUGAAAAAUAUAAAACAUUUAUUUAUGAAGAAAGUGAUCAUCUCUCCAAUCUGGGAUUGCGAGUUUUGGUUCAUGGAUUUUUAAAUAUAGAGGAACAAUUCUUUCACAACUUUUCCAAUCACUAUAACAAGAAUAAGGAUGUCAAGGGACAGAUGGAAAAUAUUCUUGACUAUGUCGAGAAGAACAUUAAAGUUUUAGCUAUAACAGGGGUUGAGGACAAAUUGCAGGAGGGAGUUGGAAAGACAAUUGAGAUGUUAUACAAUAGUGGCAUAAAAGUUUGGGUUCUGACCGGAGACAAAAUCGAAACGGCAAUUUGCAUUUGCAAGAAUGCUAAUAUAAAAAAGAAGAAGAACAACAUAUACAUAUUCAGGCAUGAAAAUAUUAAGAGCACUUCAAAUCUAAUAAGAGAAUUUAAUUCCAUUUUAAACAACAUAGAUUCGUAUGUCCUCUUUUUUGACAACAUUAUCAUUCAAAAUUGUAUCAAAUAUAUACCCAAUGCGUUCGUUGAUUUUGCAGCCAAUGCAAGGGCAGUGGUCUGUUGCAGGUGCAGCCCCAUUGAAAAAAAAGAAAUAGCUGUAUUAAUAAAAACCAUCAAGAGAAAAAAAAUUUUGUGUAUAGGGGAUGGUGGUAAUGAUGUAGCCAUGAUACAGUCAGCAGAUAUCGGCAUUGGUGUUUUGGGAAAAGAAGGAAAACAAGUUGUACAUGACAGUGACAUAAUUGUUUCAAAGUUUAAAAACAUAAAGAAGUUAAUUUUGUAUUAUGGGAAUAAUACCUUUCUGCAAACUUCCUCCUUGUGUUCUUUUUUAAUUCACAGGGGGUUCGUCCUUACGUAUUUGCAGUUUAUUUAUAGUUAUAUCUUUUUCGGUAUACCUGUCUCGAUUUUUCAGGGCUGGCUUCAAAUUGGUUAUACGACAUACUACACAACUGCACCAUUUUUGUCUUUACUCCUGGAUGUGAAAAUAAAAAAAAAUUUAAUAUACCUAUACCCGGAGAUAUAUAAAAAUAAAAAACACAAGCGGAAGUUAGAUUUAAAAUCAUUCUUUAUUAUCGUAUGGAUAUCAAUAUUUCAGGGAACGGUUGUUAUGUUAGGUGCAUUGAAAUUGUUUAAUGAUAAUUAUAAUAAUUUAAUAAAUAUAUCCUUUUCCUCACUGAUCAUGUUGGAAAUAAUGAAUAUUCAUUUGGAAGUGGAGUCAUGGCACCCGCUCAUGAUAUCAGCCAACAUUUGCUCCUUUAUUGUGUAUAUCUUUUCCAUGUUCAUUCUGAGGAAUUAUUUUGACAUUAUGCAAAUUAUGUCUGUUAUGUUUUGGUACAAAGUCAUUUUGAUUGUUCUCUUCGCCUGGUUACCAUUUUUCAUAAUUAAGAAGGUAAAAAAUAUCAUAACACCAUCCCAGUUUUUCAAGUUGGCAUGA